UUCUUAAAUGCCUUGCUAGGAAUAAGCCGCUUCAAAUUUGGCAUACCGAAACUGACUCAAAACAUGAAGAGAGUCAUGUUAACCGAGUGACUGAUGAGGAUAUCCAGUCAGUGGUCAUCGAACUAGCCUCGCCAAAUGUGGCAAACACGUAUAUAACUUGUCCUGCACAGCUCAACCGCGCACUUGGGAUUAAGCUACCGAUCCUCGUUCUUAUAGUAAAGAAUGUCAAGAAGUACUUUACUUUCGAGGUACAAAUAUUGGAUGAUAAGGGCAUCAAACGACGUUUUCGCGCUUCAAACUUUCAGUCUGUUACAAGAGUCAAACCCUAUAUUUGCACUAUGCCCAUGCGUUUAGAUGAAGGGUGGAAUCAAAUUCAGUUCAACUUGGCCGAUUAUACCCGUAAAGCGUAUAGCACUAACUACGUGGAGACUUUGCGAGUGCAGAUACAUGCCAAUUGUAGGUUGCGACGAAUAUACUUUGCAGAUAGAAUAUAUGCAGAAGAUGAACUACCGCCAGAGAUGAAGCUCUGGUUACCAGUAGACAGACAAGCAUCAUAA